GUGUUGACAUUCAUGCUGCAGCAGGAGGCCAAAUAUCAGGACGAGAACGGGGAGUUCAGCGAUUUUGGCAUCCAGGAUCCACCGUACGAUCUCGGGCCCUUGGCAGUGCAGCUGGAAGAAUGUGAGGCCUUCCGCUCUGAGAUGGCAAUCUUGAUCGAGGAAGGAUCCAUGGUCUGGGAAAGGCUGCACCAGUCCAACCUUCGUUUCGCCGCGGAGAAGCGCAUUCGAGCGGCCAUGAAGGAUGAAAGGGAGGAUGACGUGGCCUUGGAUGAAGCCCUAUCCGCCGGCGAG